AUGCUCGCGCUGCGACUCGCCCCAUCCCGCGCCGCCAUCGCCUCGUCGCCCUCACCUCUCCGCGCCCUCUCGACGUCGGCCGCGCUCUGCCGCCAGCCCACAGCGCGCCCGAGGAGAAGCGCACCUCCACCACCGUCCAACUCGCGCUACUCGAACCGACCACCGCGCCAUGGCCCGCCCCAGGGCCGUCGAGCGGCCGGCCCGUCCCACAUCUCGCGCGACGCACUCGCCUCGCGCCUCGAGCACCACCUCCGCACAACGUGGAAGCCCCAAUCGAGGGAGCUCAGAGCUCUCGCACACGACCUCGGCGUCACCCACUCGACCCUCGUCGACCUCGCGCGCCGGUGGGUCGUCGUCGCGCACCGCCACCUCGCGACCACCUCCUCGCUCUCGUCCGACAACAGCGCGGCGUGGGACCUCGACGCGCUCCAGACGGCCUACGUCAACGACGGCCAAGACGCACUGUGGGACGCCUCGCUCGCCACCUUCCUCGCCUGGGUCCGCGCCGCCGUUCCCCUCCCUCCCCCGACUCCAACCUCGCCCGUCCCCGACCCGACCCUGUCCCAGCUCCACCAGCUCGCCGACCUCGCCGACCGCCGGUUCCACUACGAGGACUUUCCCUCGGCCCGCCAGCACCGCCGUCGCCUCAUCCUCCACGUCGGGCCCACCAACUCGGGCAAGACGCACUCGGCCCUCGUCGCCCUCGCGCGCGCCCGCACGGGCGCCUACGCCGGCCCGCUGCGCCUCCUCGCCCACGAGGUCUUUGCCCGCUUCAACGAGGGCAAGAUUGGCGACGAGGGCAAGCGCACCUGCAACCUCGUCACGGGCGAGGAGCAGCGCAUCCUCGACCCAGACGCCGGCCUCCAGUCGUGCACGGUCGAGAUGUUCCCGCUGUCCAAGCACCUCGAGGUCGGCGUCGUCGACGAGAUUCAGAUGAUCGGCGACCCGCAGCGCGGCACGGCGUGGACCGCCGCCGUCGUCGGCGCGCGCUGCGACGAGCUGCACCUGUGCGGCGAGGAGUCGGUCGUCGACCUCGUCCAGCGCAUCGCCGCCGAGGUCGGCGACGAGUGCGUCGUCAAGCGGUACCAGCGCCUGUCGCCCCUCGUCGUCGCGUCGCGCUCGCUCGAGGGCGACCUGAGCCGCAUCCGCCGCGGCGACUGCCUCGUCACCUUCUCGCGCAGCAACAUCUUUGCGUUCAAGCGCGCCAUCGAGGAAAAGACGGGCCUGCGCGUCGCCGUCGCCUACGGCGGCUUGCCGCCCGAGGUCCGCGAGGAGCAGGCGCGCGCCUUCAACGAGGGCACGUACGACGUCCUCGUCGCGAGCGACGCCAUCGGCAUGGGCCUCAACCUCAAGAUCCGCCGGGUCGUGUUCGAGGCGCUGCACAAGUUCGACGGCACGGCCGAGGUCCGCCUACCCGUCCCGCAGAUCAAGCAGAUCGCUGGUCGCGCCGGCCGCUUCGGCGUCCACGCGUCCGUGUCGCCCUCGGCGCCCGACCUCGACCUCGACCCGGCGUCGCCGCCCGCACCGGGCGAGGCCGUUCCCGGCGAGGCGACGACGCUCGACGCCGUCGACCUCGAGCUCCUGCAGGACGCCAUGGCGCAGCCGACGGUCCAAGUGACGCAGGCGUCGCUCGGCGCCUCGUUCGACGCGUUCAAGGGCCUGUACGACCUCCUGCCGCCGUCGACGCCCCUGAGCCGCAUCUUUGCCCUGUCGCGCGCCAUCACGCGCACCAAGCCGCACUACCGCCCGACGGCCUCGUCGUCGUUCGGCGACGUGAGCGACCACAUCGCGCACGUGCACCCGCUCACGUUCCAGGAGCGCUUCACGUUCGCGUCGGCGCCCGUCAACCAGCGCGACCAGCGCGUCGUCGCCACCCUCGUCGACUUUGUCGAGGCGUACGCGAGGGGCGAGCCGAUCCGCAUGCGCCAGUGGGGCGCCGACGCCGGCGUGUUUGACGCCCUCGAGCGCGUGCGCCAGGCCGGCAUCGCCGCCAACGCCGCCGCCUCGUCGUCGUCGCCGUCGUCGUCAGCUCGGCCCACAUCGUCCGCCUCGUCCCGCCGCACACCGAGCGUCUUCACGUCCGAGACGCUCCAGUCGCUCGAGUCGUUCCACCGGUGCCUGACGCUGUACCUGUGGCUGUCGUACCGCCUCGCGCCCAUCUUUUGCGACCAGGACGGCGCGCGCACGCUCCGGCGCGACGUCGAAAAGGCCAUGGAGGUGGCGCUCGCUGGCACGAGCAGCGGCGGACGUGGGAGGAGCUCGAGCGAGAGGGACUCGGAGCCGAGGUGGAGGAGGAGGAAGCGCCGGAAAGGACGGCCGGGACGAGCGCGCGCGCGGGCAGCUUCAUUUGCCAGCUUGCAGAUGUCAGACUUGGGCUGUGUCUGGCCCUGA